CCAGGAAGAAGUGUGGAUGUCAUUGUCUCAGCUGUUGAAAAAAAUUGUGACAACGAUCAACUUUGCCACUCCCCGUGGCCAUUUUGGACGAAACUGAUUGUUCUACAAACAUCAAACGGUAAAUAGCUCUCAAGAUGGAUCAGAUUACGCCGAAAGAAGUGAAAAUUCUGGAAAAUCCAGAAGACAUUCAGGAGAGGAGAGAACAAGUAUUGGGUCGAUACGCGAAUUUCAAAGCAGAAGCUCGUAACAAGAGAGACAAGCUCGAGGACUCCCGUCGCUUUCAGUAUUUUAAGCGAGAUGCAGACGAACUCGAAGGAUGGAUUUACGAGAAAUUGCAAGCAGCUUCGGACGAAAGUUACAAGGAUCCAACAAAUCUUCAAGCAAAGAUACAAAAACAUCAAGCAUUCGAGGCAGAAGUGGCAGCUCAUUCAAAUGCUAUAGUGUCACUUGAUAACACAGGCUCCGAGAUGAUAGCUCAGCAUCACUUUGCUAGUGACGUGAUUCGUAAAAGAUUAGAGGAGCUUCAUCGUUUGUGGGAGUUGCUGCUGUCCAGAUUGGCGGACAAGGGUCUGAAAUUGCAACAGGCCCUAGUACUUGUGCAGUUUCUUAGACAUUGCGACGAAGUAAUGUUUUGGAUUCAUGAUAAAGAAGCAUUUGUAACAACCGAUGAAUUUGGACAUGAUCUGGAACAUGUUGAAGUACUACAAAGAAAAUUUGACGAAUUUCAAAAGGAUAUGGCUAGCCAAGAAUAUAGAGUGACCGAAGUAAAUGAGCUGGCAGACAAACUUCUCCUGGAUGGUCAUCCCGAGCGAGAUACCAUUCUACGUAGAAAAGAGGAGCUUAACGAAUCCUGGCAAAGACUUAAACAGCUGGCUGUGCUGAGACAAGAAAAACUCUUUGGAGCACAUGAGAUUCAAAGAUUUAAUCGAGACGCGGAUGAAACAAUGGCUUGGAUCGCCGAGAAGGAUGUUGUUCUGUCUUCGGACGACUUUGGUCGAGAUCUUGCCAGCGUACAAACACUGCAGAGGAAACACGAGGGCAUAGAACGCGAUUUGGCAGCAUUGGAAGACAAAGUAUAUUCUCUAGGAACUGAAGCCGAUCGUCUGGCAGCUAUUCAUCAGGCCGAUCAUUCGAAACAGAUUCAAGCUAAGCGUGCAGAAAUUUUACAAUCAUGGGAGAGCCUUACUGCAAAAGCUAAAGAACGACGUUUGAAGCUGGACGAAUCUUAUUAUUUGCACAGAUUCUUGGCUGAUUAUAGAGACUUGGUUUCAUGGAUGAAUGACAUGCGGGCGAUUAUAUCCGCGGAUGAAUUGGCUAAAGAUGUAGCUGGUGCAGAAGCCCUUGUUGACAGACAUCAGGAACACAAGGGUGAAAUCGACGCUAGAGCCGAUAGCUUUGAUGCGACUACAUUAGCCGGUAAUAAACUCCUCGAGAAGAAACAUUAUGCUGCUGAAGAAGUAGCUAGAAAAUUGAAUUCUUUGGCGGAAGAUAAACAGUCUCUGUUGAGCCUCUGGGAGAAAAGAAGAAUCUUGUACGAACAGUGUGUGGACUUGCAGUUAUUCUACAGAGACACGGAACAGGCAGACGCAUGGAUGGCCAAGCAAGAAGCUUUUCUAGCAAACGAGGAUCUGGGUGAUUCCCUCGACAGCGUGGAAGCUCUGAUUAAGAAGCACGAAGAUUUUGACAAGUCGCUUGCAGCUCAAGAAGACAAGAUCAAGAUAUUGGAUGAGUUUGCCGGUACGCUGAUAGAAGGAGAACAUUACGCGGCGGAUGAUGUAGCGCAGAGACGUCAGUUCUUGUUGGAAAGACGCGCAGUCCUCUUGGAGAAAUCGGCUCAGAGAAGACGUCGUUUGGAGGAUGCGUACAAGCUGCAGCAAUUCGAGCGGGACUGCGACGAAACUAAGGGUUGGGUUAACGAGAAAUUGAAAUUUGCCACCGACGACAGCUAUUUGGACCCCACUAAUUUGAACGGUAAGGUGCAGAAGCAUCAGAAUUUCGAGCAAGAAUUGAAUGCCAACCGAACACGUAUGGAAGAGAUGGUGGCAACCGGUCAGGAACUUAUCGAGAGCGGCCAUUACGCCAGCGACCGAAUUCGAACCCGUACCGACGAGAUCAUGAUGCUUUGGGACUGUCUGACACACGCAACCGAGAAGAAGGGAGCAAAAUUACAGGAAGCAUCUCAACAACAGCAAUUCAAUCGCACCGUCGAAGAUAUCGAGUUAUGGCUGUCAGAGGUCGAAGGACAACUGAUGUCGGAGGAUUACGGUAAAGACUUGACCAGCGUGCAAAAUCUUCAAAAGAAACACGCGUUAUUGGAAGCUGACGUUGCCUCUCACUCCGACAGAAUCGACAGUAUCGCCCAGGUUGCCGAACAGUUUGUAAAAUCUGGUCACUUCGACGCCAACAACAUCAAAGUCAAGCAGGAUCAGCUACAGGCUCGAUACGCCGCUUUGCAACGGCCGAUGAGCAUCCGUAAACAACGACUCCUCGACUCUUUGCAAGUACAGCAAUUGUUCCGCGACAUCGAGGACGAAGAAGCUUGGAUUCGCGAGAAGGAACCCGUGGCAGCAUCCACCAAUCGUGGUCGUGAUCUCAUCGGUGUUCAAAACUUGCAGAAGAAACAUCAGGCUGUACUGGCUGAAAUCAAUAACCACGAGCCGCGCGUGGCAGCUGUAUGCCAAGCGGGAGCAACGAUGCUCCAGGAAGGCCAUUUUGCCGCCGAAGAGAUCAGUCAACGUUUGGCCGCUCUGGACGAACAUUGGGGACAGCUGAAAGAGAAAGCUCGACAGCGUAAAACUGAUCUGGACGAUUCUCUUCAAGCGCACCAGUACUUCGCGGACGCGAACGAAGCCGAAUCUUGGAUGAAGGAGAAGAGACCCAUCGUGAUGAACGCUGACUACGGAAAGGACGAGGACAGCUCUGAAGCACUUUUGAAGAAACACGAAGCGUUGGUCAGCGAUUUAGAGGCUUUUGCAAGUACCAUAGCUGCGCUAAAGGAACAGGCUCAGUCCUGCCGUCAACAGGAAACUCCCACUGUUGAUAUUACCGGCAAAGAAUGCGUCGUUGCUCUCUACGAUUACACCGAGAAAUCCCCGAGAGAAGUGUCCAUGAAGAAAGGCGAUACGUUGACUUUGCUGAACUCCAACAACAAGGACUGGUGGAAGGUCGAGGUGAACGAUCGUCAGGGCUUCGUUCCAGCUGCAUACGUGAAGAGGGUCGAACCUGAAGCGGGACUCAGUGCGUCUCAGCAGAACCUGGCCCGAGAACAGAGUUCAAUAGCAGCCAGGCAGGCGCAGAUCGAAGGUCAAUACGAUGAUCUUUUGAGACUCGCGCGCGAACGACAGAACAAGUUGAACGAAACAGCGAAGGCUUACGUGCUCGUUCGAGAAGCUGCCGAAUUGGCCACAUGGAUCAAGGACAAAGAGAAUCAUGCACAGGUUCAGGAUGUUGGUGAGGACCUGGAGCAGGUGGAGGUCAUGCAGAAGAAGUUCGACGACUUCCAAGCGGAUUUGAAGGCAAAUGAGGUCCGACUGGCCGAGAUGAACGAGAUCGCUGUACAGCUGAUGAGCUUGGGACAAACAGAGGCGGCUUUGAAAAUUCAAACGCAGAUUCAAGACCUGAAUGAAAAGUGGACCAGCCUGCAGACUCUUACCGCUGAGCGUGCGAAUCAGUUGGGCUCCGCUCACGAAGUGCAACGCUUCCAUCGUGAUGUCGACGAGACCAAGGACUGGAUUCGCGAGAAAGAUGCGGCUCUGAAUAACGACGACCUCGGAAAGGAUUUACGUAGCGUGCAAGCACUGCAACGGAAACACGAAGGUCUCGAGCGAGAUCUGGCUGCUCUGGGCGAUAAGAUCAAGCAGUUGGACGAGACAGCGAAUCGUCUGAUGCUAAGCCAUCCCGAGACCGCGGAGCAGACCUAUGCCAAACAGAAUGAGAUAAACGAGGAAUGGACUCAGCUGACGGCGAAGGCCAACAGCAGAAAGGAGAAAUUGUUAGAUUCUUAUGAUCUGCAACGUUUCCUCAGCGAUUACAGAGAUCUAAUGGCUUGGAUCAAUUCAAUGAUGGGUCUGGUGGCUUCCGAAGAGUUGGCGUCCGAUUGCACCGGUGCUGAAGCUUUACUGGAUCGUCAUCAGGAACAUCGAAUGGAGAUCGACGCCAGAGCGGGUACCUUCCAAGCGUUCGAACUUUUCGGCCAGCAACUUCUACAGUCGAGUCACUAUGCCAGCGUUGAGAUUCAGGAGAAGUUGGAAUCCAUGUCCGAAGCAAGACAAGAACUGGAGAAAGCCUGGAUCCAAAGGCGUAUGCAACUUGACCAGAAUCUGGAAUUGCAGCUAUUCUGCAGGGACUGCGAACAGGCCGAGAACUGGAUGAGCGCCAGGGAAGCGUUCUUGAGCAGCGCGGACACCGUGGACAGUAGCGACAAUGUCGAAGCUCUCAUCAAAAAGCACGAAGACUUCGACAAAGCGAUCAAGUCUCACGAAGAGAAAAUUGCUACUCUUCAAACCCUCGCGGAUCAGUUGAUAGCCGCCGAACACUAUGCCGCGAAGCCGAUCGAUGAUAGACGUUGCCAAGUCCUCGAUCGUUGGAAGCACCUUAAGGAUGCCCUUAUCGAGAAACGCUCGAAAUUGGGCGAAUCCCAGACGCUGCAGCAGUUCUCGCGAGACGCCGAUGAAAUGGAGAAUUGGAUCGCUGAAAAACUGCAAUUGGCUACCGAAGAGAAUUACAAAGACCCAGCGAAUAUUCAGUCCAAGCAUCAGAAACAUCAAGCGUUCGAGGCCGAGUUGGCAGCGAACGCCGACAGGAUUCAAUCUGUUCUCGCCAUGGGUGGUAAUCUAAUAGAGAAACACCAGUGUGCAGGUUCCGAGGAUGCUGUUCAGAAGAGGCUCGCUUCGAUCGCCGACCAGUGGGAGUACCUUACCCAGAAAACAACAGAGAAGUCUAUGAAGCUAAAGGAGGCGAACAAACAACGCACAUACAUCGCCGCGGUGAAGGAUCUCGAUUUCUGGCUCGGUGAAGUGGAGAGUUUACUUACCUCCGAGGAUGCGGGUAAAGAUCUGGCCUCUGUACAGAACCUGAUGAAGAAACAUCAAUUGGUGGAAGCCGAUAUUCAGGCGCAUGAGGAAAGGAUCAAGGACAUGAAUGCUCAGGCGGAUUCGCUGAUAGAAAGCGGCCAAUUCGACGCAGCCGGCAUCCAAGAGAAACGACAGAGCAUAAACGAACGCUACGAAAGAAUCCGUAAUCUGGCCGCUCACAGACAAGCCAGACUCAAUGAAGCCAACACUUUGCAUCAGUUCUUCAGAGAUAUUGCCGACGAGGAAUCUUGGAUCAAGGAGAAAAAACUCUUGGUCGGCUCCGAUGAUUAUGGCCGUGAUUUGACCGGUGUUCAGAACCUGAAGAAAAAGCACAAGAGAUUGGAGUCCGAACUCGGCAGCCACGAGCCUGCUAUACAGGCUGUCCAGGAAGCCGGAGAAAAACUGAUGGACGUUUCGAAUCUCGGCGUGCCCGAGAUAGAGCAACGUCUGAAGUUAUUGAAUCAGGCAUGGGCCGAACUGAAACAAUUAGCCGCCAAUAGAGGGCAAAAGUUGGACGAAUCAUUGACGUAUCAGCAAUUCCUGGCCAAGGUCGAAGAAGAGGAAGCUUGGAUCACGGAGAAGCAGCAACUGCUGUCCGUUGAAGAUUAUGGCGACACUAUGGCGGCUGUGCAAGGUUUACUGAAGAAGCACGACGCGUUUGAAACCGAUUUUGCUGCCCACGGUGAACGUUGCAAGGACAUCUGCGAAGCUGGCGAGACUUUGAUCAAAGCUGGAAAUCAUCGUGCCGACGCUAUUGGUCAAAGAUGCGCCCAGCUUCGUAACAAAUUGGAACAGCUCGGCGCUCUUGCAGCCAGAAGGAAGACCAGACUCAACGACAAUUCUGCUUAUCUGCAAUUCAUGUGGAAGGCCGAUGUCGUUGAGUCCUGGAUCGCUGACAAAGAGACCCAUGUGCGUUCGGAGGAAUUUGGUCGCGAUUUGUCCACCGUUCAGACACUUUUGACCAAACAGGAGACCUUCGACGCAGGUCUACACGCGUUCGAACACGAAGGAAUUCAGAAUAUCACUUCGUUGAAGGAGAUGCUUGUAGAGUCUGGACACGACCAGACGCCUAGCAUUCAGAAACGUCAUGCCGAUGUGAUUGCUCGUUGGCAGAAACUUUUGGCCGAUUCCGAUGCAAGGAAGCAACGUCUGUUGAGGAUGCAGGAUCAAUUCAGACAGAUCGAAGAGCUGUAUUUGACGUUCGCCAAGAAGGCAUCCGCUUUUAAUUCGUGGUUCGAAAACGCCGAGGAAGACUUGACCGACCCUGUUCGUUGCAACAGCAUCGAGGAAAUUCGAGCUUUAAGAGAGGCUCACGCGUAUUUCCAAACGAGCUUAUCAUCCGCCGAAGCCGACUUCGAUGCCCUGGCUGCUCUCGACAGACAGAUCAAAGGCUUCAAUGUCGGCCCCAAUCCGUACACGUGGUUCACAAUGGAAGCAUUGGAAGAUACAUGGCGAAACCUGCAGAAAAUAAUAAAAGAACGGGACGUGGAACUCGUGAAAGAGGCUGAACGGCAAGAAGAGAAUGACAAACUUCGCAAAGAGUUCGCCAAGCACGCCAAUGCGUUCCACCAGUGGCUGGCAGAAACUAGGACAUCUAUGAUGGAAGGAUCGGGAUCAUUGGAACAACAGCUGGAAGCUACGAAGAGGAAGACACAAGAGGUCCGUGCGCGUCGUCAAGACUUAAAGAAGAUAGAAGAUCUAGGUGCAAUUCUGGAGGAACACUUAAUUCUGGAUAACCGGUAUACAGAGCACAGUACCGUAGGAUUAGCACAGCAAUGGGAUCAGUUGGAUCAGCUGGGAAUGCGUAUGCAACACAACUUGGAACAACAGAUACAGGCACGCAACCAGUCAGGUGUCUCGGAAGAUGCCCUCAAAGAAUUCUCCAUGAUGUUUAAACAUUUCGACAAAGACAAGAGUGGACGUCUAAACCAUCAAGAAUUCAAGUCUUGUCUGAGGGCACUUGGGUAUGAUCUACCGAUGGUGGAGGAAGGCCAGCCAGAUCCGGAAUUCGAAAAUAUCCUUGAUAUCGUGGAUCCCAACAGAGACGGCUAUGUGUCGUUGCAAGAAUACAUGGCAUUUAUGAUCAGUAAGGAAACCGAAAAUGUCCAAAGUUCCGAAGAAAUUGAGAAUGCUUUCCGUGCUAUUACAGCCGCAGAUCGGCCAUAUGUUACGAAGGAGGAAUUGUAUGCUAACCUUACCAAGGAGAUGGCCGAUUAUUGCGUUGCCCGUAUGAAACCGUACGUGGACCCGAAGACAGAACGUCCAAUCACAGGGGCAUUAGAUUAUAUUGAUUUUACUCGCACUCUUUUCCAGAAUUAAUUCCAGUUACAUAAAUUAUUCUCUUUUUACUACAACGAUGAUUAAAUUAUAGCAGCAGAAACGUAAGACGCUUACUCAUUUUAUUAAACACCUUGCUACUUUAACACAACGUACAUGUAACCGAUCUUGGAUAUUAUACAUCAGGAAUCUUGAUUUUAUUUAUAGCACGCAUUUUCUAGUUUGAUCUUUGUAUCAAUAUAUGAAGUAUCUAUGAAUUAAUUAUCUCACGAAAUAAAUCAAGCAUUUUAAG